AUGGCGUCAGCAUCCUCAUCCGAUGAUGAAAUGAAAAAGAAAAUCCACCGCAAACGAAAAGCCAAUUCCGAAUCCAGAAACGAACGUGGCCCACCGACGAUUAGAACCUUAAAGCAAUACACCAUUGAAGAAAAAUUGGAGAUUAUCAAUUUUGCCAAACAAUCCGGGAACCGCGCGGCUGGUCGUGAAUAUAAUGUGGCUGAGAGUAGCAUUCGGGAAUGGAGGAAAAAUGAGGAGCGAUUGAGAGCCACCCUCCAGAAUGAGCCGAGUCGGAAUCGUUUGGUUGGAGGUGGCAGGAAGCCCACAGAACGACGUGGAGAUGAUUCAGAGAAUCCGGAGCCUGAACCCAUCCAAGUGCCACUUUCCCUUCGCUUGAUGGGUGAAGACACGAUGAACUCUACCGGAUCGUCCUCCUUGAACACUAGCAGCGAUCCGUCAACGACCCCGUCACCUAGCCAUUCUGAUGAAAAACGAGCCCGUGUUGAAGUCGAGAAUAUAAAUGUUUGUUCUAAUGAUUUUAUUGGCAAACUCACCAUGGCUGGAGCACCAACUAUGGUCCACCCAACCCCAUUCGUCAUCACUCCUCCCAACCUCCUCGAGUUCUUCAAGUUCCAGAACCCAGCCUUCCUUGGCAUGCCCAAUCUCGCGCCACUCCUCGAGAAUCUUCAACAGAAAAUGCGCGCCGCACCAGUCGCACCGCUGCCAAAACGCCCGGCCCCAUCCGCAGCAAGCCGUCGCAAAACUACCGUACCCAAAAAGUUGGUAAUGGAAAACGAGGAACAGCUGCCGGUGGUA